AUGCAGCCACACAUCCAAGAUGAUACACUUGGUUUGGAACUGUCAAGGUUUGGGGUUUGCCUUGACAGUCCAGACAUUACGGGAAUUGAUUCAUUCCCACAAACCCUCUAUGGUGGUUUUAAUGGAAUUUCUAUUAACCCCUGUGGUUCGGCGGGAGGUCUUUGCCUGUGGUGGACGAUCCAUUGUUCGGUGGAGAUCCGCUCUACCUCCAAAAAUCUAAUUAAGGUUAUUGCUUUUUAUGAUGUUGUGGGCACCAAGGUAGGCAUGUCUUCUUCCUAUGGUCCUCCUUAUGGGAGUCGGUGCGAAACCUAA